AUGGCCAAGAAGAACCUCACCACAGUGACAGAGUUCAUUCUCACGGGCUUUACUGACCAUCUGCAGUGGGAGGUUCCAUUCUUCCUUGUGUUUCUUGGCUUCUACCUGGUCACUAUUUUGGGGAACGUUGGCAUGAUUAUUCUCAUUCAAGUGGAUGUCCAGCUCCACACCCCAAUGUACUUCUUUCUGAGCCACCUCUCUGCACUAGAUGCCUGCUAUACCUCAGUCAUCACCCCUCAGAUCCUGGCCACACUGCCCAGAGGCAAAAUGGUCAUCUCCUAUGGACACUGUGCUGCCCAGUUCUUCUUCUUCACCGUCUGUGCAGGAACAGAAUGUUUCCUGCUUGCUGUGAUGGCCUAUGACCGCUACAUUGCUAUUAGCAACCCACUGCUCUACACUGUGGCCAUGAGACCCAAAAAAUGCUGGAGUUUGGUGGUGGGAGCCUAUGUGUAUGGGGUGUCUGGGGCCGUCCUCCGCACUGCAUGCACCUUCUCCCUCUCCUUCUGUGAGGACGAUCAGAUCAACUUCUUCUUCUGUGACCUCCCACCCCUGCUGAAGCUGGCCUGCAGUGACACAAGAAACAUUGAAAUUAUUAUUGUCUUCUUUGGCAACUUUGUGAUUUUGAUCAAUGCCUUGGUCAUCCUCAUUUCCUACCUACUCAUCAUCAGGGCUGUUUGGAGAAUGAAGGCUUCAAGUGGUAGAGCCAAGACUUUUUCCACAUGCGCCUCCCACCUCACUGCUGUGGCCUUUUUCUUUGGGACCCUCACCUUCAUGUAUAUAAGAAGUGACUCUGGAAAAUCCCUGGAGGAAGGCAAGGUCGUGUCUGUCAUCUACACAGUGGUCAUCCCCAUGCUGAACCCUCUGAUAUACAGCUUGAGAAACACAGAUGUGAAAGCUGCUUUCAGAAAGGUCACUGGUAGAUUACAGGUGUCCCAGAGAAUGUAG